CAGAGAGGCGCCUUUUCUGAGCUCAUGCUGUUUGGUUUAAGUAGCAUAUACUUUCACAAGGCCGAGAGUGAUUUUAGCCCGGAAAAUAAUUAAAUUCAUAUCAGUAGGAAACCGCGUCAGCAGAAACUCAUCCCGUUUAAGCAGAUCUACACAAAAUGGCUACUAAGAAGAAGCGAACGCCUAAUGUACAAAAUGACAGCUGGGUUGUCGUUGCUGCGGACUCCGUCAUCGACACACAGAAGCCAGACAGCGACCCAACUUUUGUGAGACUAAGGAAUCCUGUUACAGACGCAGCAUCUCUGUAUAUGCUGGGUGGUGGUGAUGCACAGCUGUAUGAGGUCAAAGCAUUUGAAGAAGAUUUCCACUCUUGGUUUGUUGGCCAGACUGUACAGAGAGAUGGGAGACUUCUCUUUAUAACACCAAUGGAUCCUCUCUAUCUCAUUUUGCCCUAUUUGAUUAAAGCUGGAAAAGAGGGGAAGUUCCAGCCUGUGGAUCAGGUUGUUAUGGAUGAGGAAUUCCCAGGUUGCUCAAGGCUGCUGAGCUGCACACGUUCCCUGGCCUCCCUGCACCACAUUUCAGAGGAAAAAGAGGUGGGAAGCCUGAAGUUUCAUCGAUACAGCCAAGAGAAGACAAUGAACUGGUUACAGAAAAAGGUGGAAAGGACAGUUGCUUCCCUCAAGAAGAGAAAUAUCUCAGUGGGAGAAGGAGUCAAAUCAACAACAUAUGUCAGAGUGAAGUCAGAGUCAGACUACAGUGAGGAGGACUACCUACGCUAUGCCCAUGGCCUGAUAUCAGAGUACAUCAGUGAAGACCUGAGCAAGGCUCUUCUCAGACACUUGCAGUUACCAGAGCUCACAAGCCCAAAGGAGACUGAGCCUCCUUCCAAGCCGCCCAAGAAGAUGACGGCUGCUCAGAAAACUCUGGCUAAGGUGGACAAGACUGGCAUGAAGCCUAUGUCAUCCUUCUUCAGCCCCAAGGUCAAAGCAGAAAAGAAAUGAAUGUUGUAUAGUUUCUGACAAACCGUUUGUACACAACACAUUUGUAAUAAAGAAGAGAAAAUGUACGUGGUGUACAAAAGUGUAUAUGGUUCUUCCACCGCUGUUGCUUACUAAAAUUACACAUACAUUUGAAAGUGGUAUCUAAGCAUGCAGAAAGGUCAGGGCUUAUUUAUAUUUUUCCGUAUCAUCAGCAUCUAAAAAGAAUCAUAUAAAAUAAAACCAGAAAUACCAACACUUCUGCAUAGAUUAGGGUUAACAGGCAAUGUGCUCUGCUUGUGUUUUGUUUUUUAAACUUAGCCUUCAUCUUUAACACCAUUUUAACAGAAUAACCUUUGCUAGUUUUGAACCUUUCAAGCCGCUCAGCCCUUGGACUUGCCUUGCAAAUCUGAGCCUCUCUGUUGAAUGAAGCAGGCAUUCAUGCAACACUUAUAACCGCUGAGGCACCAUUGUUGCAUUUCACAGUCGGCUUUGAUGCCUGGAAAACGGUGAACUGUACUCAACCUAAAUUCCAUACCCAUGUCUGGUUGAAUUAAGUUCAAAUGCAUUUCACACUAGAAAUGCUAUUGAAAGACGGGUUAGAAUAAUAGUGAGAUGUUGGAAGUUUUAUCUCAGACUAUUCUGCCAAAACGAUUCAAGUUAAAU